GCCUCGACCCCCUCGUCGUCCGCAACCUCGACCUCACAUCCCGUCCUCCCAAACACAGAGCCCCGCCCCGCCCGCGACCGCCGUAGCAGUGGUAUCCAUCAAUGGCCGCCGACUCCGACAAGAAGCGGCCAGGCUCGGCCAACGGCGCCGACAGGAAGGCGUCGCCGACGAAGCCGCGGUCCUCCGCCACAUCUGGUCUGAUGUCCACGGUGUUCCCAAUCCCGUUCGUGCUGCUGCUGGCGGUGCUGUACUAUCAGCUCCAGCCUCCGGCUCCGACGACGUGUGGAACUCCGGGAGGCCCUCCGGUCACCGGGCCAAGGGUCCAGCUGAAGGACGGGAGGCACCUGGCGUACCACGAGUACGGCGUCCCCAGGGACCAGGCCAGGCACAAGAUCAUCUUCGUCCAUGGCUUCGACUCCUGCAGAUACGACGUUGUCCAAGUGUCCCCCGAGCUGGUAGAAGAGCUGGGCAUCUACAUGCUCUCGUUCGAUCGGCCCGGGUACGGAGAGAGCGACCCGCACCCGAGCAGGACGGAGGACACCAUCGCGUUCGACAUUGAGGAGCUCGCCGACAGCCUGCAGCUCGGCCCCAAGUUCUACCUCAUCGGCUACUCCAUGGGCGGGGAGAUCAUGUGGAGCUGCCUGAAAAACAUCCCUCACAGGCUCGCCGGGGUGUCCAUCCUCGGGCCGGUGGGCAACUUCUGGUGGUCGGGGUUCCCGUCGAACGUGUCGACGGCGGCGUGGUACGUGCAGCUCCCGCAGGACCAGUGGGCGGUCCGCGUCGCGCACCACGCCCCCUGGCUCGCCUACUGGUGGAACACCCAGAAGAUGUUCCCGGCCUCCAGCGUCAUCUCCUUCAACCCGGCCGUCCUCUCCCGGGAAGACAUGGCCGCCGUCCCCAAGUUCGGCUACCGCACCUACGCCCCGCAGGUGAGGCAGCAGGGGCAGCACGAGAGCCUGCACAGGGACAUGAUGGUGGGGUUCGGCAGGUGGGGGUGGAGCCCGCUGGAGAUGGAGAACCCGUUCCCCGGCGGCGAGGCGGCGGUGCACCUGUGGCACGGGGCCGAGGACCUCAUCGUGCCCGUCCAGCUGUCGCGGUACAUCGCGCAGAGGCUGCCGUGGGUGCGGUACCACGAGCUGCCCACGGCCGGCCACCUCUUCCCCAUCGCCGACGGGAUGCCGGACGUCAUCGUCAGGUCGAUGCUGCUCGGCGACGAGUGAGACCGACCAAGAUGCAUCUAUCUGUUUUUGGGUUUUGGGUACUGUCACGUACGGCUGCACGCAGUUGCAUUUAUAGUCCUAUCUUAUAUGUAGAGAAAUGAUAAAUAAGAUUUUGCCUAUUCGUUCUGUUUACGGA